UCCUUUUUCCUCCCCCAUUGAAUACUGGGUGCUCAAUAUCUCGAAUAGGCGAAAAGUGUCUCUUCACAACGCACAAAAUUCCACCAUGGUGCUGUUUUGUGUCUGAUGUUCACCCACAAAGUGAUAGAAAAAUUGUGUAAUGUCUGAAAUUGGCUCAUUGAAUUUCACUGGAAACGCCUUAUCGCAUAUUUCUUCUAUCAGUUCAAAUCUUCUGUGAUUUUCGCGAACGAUUUCGGCCCGAACCACCUUUUUUUUCGCUAAGUCGUUCGCUCAUGUACCCCUCAAGGAGCGUAUCAGUGAGACAAUUCAACGAAGAGAAGUGGUCGUGACGACAAAAUCUAGGUGCGAUGCCUUAUCACUUGGUCAAUGUGAAGCACGUUAUCGCCAUUCAAUGUUUAAGGAUGAUUACCGAAGCCGCAAGACACUGAGAGUCUCGAUCGAUUUUAAACUUCUCUCUAUGGACAUUUUUAUAGAGUCGCCUCGCUAUCACCAUUCAAUCUCACAAGCUCGCGAUCACUCAAAUAGGAGCAGUCGCAAAAUGUGAUUAAAUGAGUAAACAAUUGCAUGAGAAUAAGUACAUCGCACAUUUAAUGCCAUCCAAGUAAUGGAGAUUUUGCUCCAAUUUGUCACUGAGUUGCGAGUCGAUUGUGCGGGAAAUUCACUUUAGUGACAUUGUGCUAAUAAAAAUGGCAAAAUAGUGCGCUAAAAUAUGCGACAGUGGGUGUUGCUUUUCUUUCUCUAACACACGACACAAUUCAACGCAUCUACUGUAGCUCAAAGAGAAUUCUAAAAAAAAAAGAGAAGCACAUGUAAUUAUAAGAGAUGAUUCGCUUCUUUUCCUCAGCUUUUAGCUAUAUGGGUAGACAGCAAGCAGUGAGGAAAUCGUCAUGUUUCAGUUGUGAGGUCUUCAAUUUCGCUCUUCAUUUGAUGUUUUCAGACUGAUUAAAAAUAGUAAACAGUAAAACAUAUCGAAUCACAUAAGAUCUAACCACCAGACAAUAUUAAUCGGGAUUGUGAGACAACAGAACCGAGACACUUUGUUAAUUAUUUCUCAAUCCUUGAUGAAUUCAAAAGAUUUAAAGUCGCGAUCAUCACAUUUUCGUGCAAAACAUCCAAGAAGAAUGCUCGAGUAAUUGUGUGUCGUGAGAAGAAUUAUGUACUAUGGCGAGAAGUGUAGGCAAAAAGAGCUGAAAAGAAAUUAUUUUUAUCGGGAACUCCCGCGUCUCUGAGAGUUGCCGCCAAUCAGCCACAUGGCGCACGCACUGACCGAGUCAUUAGGUCAGUAAUGGAACAGAUGAUUGAAUUUCAGAAGAGACACCCAAUGAGCUCAUCGUAGUAUCACAAAAUUCCCUCCCAGUUAUUCUCACACUACAAGAAAUUCCACGAAAAUCGCACACUCUCGACCUCAAAAUUCUGCAAUUUUCCCAUUUUCCUAGAAGGGCAUCUCAACUCCUCCCUGCAAGAUGUCACGCAAAAGCCAGAGACUCUGACCAGUGUUGCACGAUACUUGAGAGAGUGACGAGCUUUGUGAGUGACUAUAGUGAAAAGCCACGGGACUCGCGAUGGAGUCGCCGCCGGCAAAUGGAUCGGAAUCAGUGUCUAGUGUUCAGAGGAAUCAUAAGACAGUGGCGGAACUCCACUUCAACGCCAUGAGUGGCAACCUGAAGCAUAAGAAUGCUUUGGACACGCCAACGACGACGGAGGAGUCUGCCAGGCUCUUGCCCAGCACCUCCAAGAAGUUCAUAAUAGUGCCAUCGAGUGUGAAGAAAACCACACUCACGGUCACUUCGCCCACGGACAGCGUUUCUUCGUCCAAUGCGAGCCCCAUCAUGUCUCCACUGCCAACGGGAGCCCGACCCAAGCACUUCAACAGCAUGAGAUCGGUGAGAUCAGGAGCUCUCAUUCACCAGGACGGAGGACUCACGACGUCCACUCCCACCGUCGGCCACGCUCCGGCUGGUCUGGCCCGGUCAGGAUCCUACGUAUUCAGUGACUGCGGAUCAGCUCGCCUCUUCUCUGACGCCACUUCGGUGCGAUCGCUCGCCUCGAUCGGAAUGGGCUCCACGGACGGGCGCAAAAUGGUCAUCCGGCGUGUGCCGAACUCACCCAAUGAACUCCUCACCAUCCUCAAUCCCCCCAUACCGCAAGAGGAGGACUUUGAGAAUGACAGCUACGCUGGGAUAUCCGAUAACUCGGACUCCGCCAACCUGAAGCCGCGACGGCAACACUGGGCCAACAAGAUGCAGUUCGUGCUGGCGUGCAUCGGGUACUCGGUGGGAUUAGGCAAUAUGUGGCGGUUUCCGUAUCUCUGCUACUCAAGCGGCGGAGGAGUGUUUCUGGUGCCAUAUUUCAUCAUCUUGAUCAUAUGCGGAAUCCCCAUGCUGUUCAUGGAACUCUCCGUGGGACAGUACACAGGAAGAGGACCGAUCGGAGCUCUCGGCCAAAUCUGCCCACUCUUCAAAGGAGCUGGGCUGGCGAGCGUCGUGGUGUCUUUCCUCAUGUCCACGUACUACAGUGUGAUCAUAGCGUACGCCAUCUACUAUUUCUUCACUUCCUUCCGGCCAGAGCUUCCCUGGACAGAUUGCAGCAAUCGCUGGAACACGCCGGACUGCUGGAUCCCGCAGCGUCAAGAAUCCAAUCUGACGCGCCCUCACAUCUCCAGGACUCCACCAGAGGAAUUCUUCGAGAACAAGGUGCUGCAGAUCAGUCCGGGAAUUGAGUAUCCCGGUGGAAUGCGAUGGGAAUUGGUGGCGUGCCUCGUUUGCGCGUGGGUUCUAGUCUACUUUGCCAUCUGGAAGUCCAUCAAGUCCUCGGGAAAAGUGCGCUAUCUCACCGCCACUCUCCCUUUCGUGCUCAUCUUCGUCUUCCUAGGUCGCUCCCUCACGCUAGACGGUGCCGAAAACGGGCUGAGGUACUUCUUUCAGCCCAAUUGGUCACUCCUGCGCAAUGCCAAUGUCUGGAUCAACGCGGCAUCGCAGAAUUUCAACUCUUUGGGCAUCGCCUUCGGGUCAAUGAUCUCAUUCGCCAGCUACAACAAGUACAACAAUAAUAUCCUUCACGACACUCUGGCCGUGUCCUUCGUCAACGCGAUCACGAGUGUCUUGGUGGGAAUUUUCGCAUUCGCCACUAUUGGCAACAUCGCCCUCGAGCAGUCCACGACGGUUGAGGCGGUCAUCAGCGAUGGGCCAGGACUCAUCUUCAUCGUGUACCCGCAAGCGAUGGCCAAGAUGCCGGCCUCCAAUCUCUGGGCCGUGCUCUUCUUCUUCAUGCUCCUCUGCCUGGGACUCAACAGCCAAUUCGCCAUUGUGGAGGUGGUUGUCACGUCCAUCCAGGAUGGAUUCCCCAACUGGAUUCGCAAGAAGCUCGUGUACCACGAACUCCUGGUGCUCAUCGUCUGCGUGGUGUCCUUCUUCUUUGGCCUGCCCAACCUCAUCCAGGGUGGCAUCUAUUUCUUCCAACUCAUCGACCACUACGCCGCCUCCAUCUCCAUCAUGUUCCUCGCCUUCUUCCAGAUCAUCGCCAUUGCGUGGUUCUACGGGGUGCCGCGUCUGUCGAAGAACGUCAAACAGAUGACUGGAAAGACACCAUCGUUCUACUUCCGCUUCUGCUGGCUCAUCGGAGCACCCAUGCUUUUAAUCUCACUCUGGGUAUUCAGUUUAAUCAAUUACGAGCAACCAACAUAUCACAAUGGCCUGUACAGCUACCCAAAUUGGGCCAUUGCUCUUGGCUGGGCCAUUGCCUCAACAUCUCUCAUCUGCAUUCCAACAUACGCAAUCGUCAACAUCGUCCGAGCAAAUGGUGAAACAUUCCUUCAGAAAUUAAGAAAUUCCAUUAAGCCCAACAUUUACGAGUGCAGAAUCUGCGGAGAGCAUCACUGCGAGCAUGAUUUCCCCGAGGAUCAGGCUGUUGCUGAGUUAACUCCGAUAGUUCAAGGCGCUCCUGCCACGAAUUUUCCACUAGUCUUGCAGCCACCGCCUCCGGGAAACCACAGGCCACUUCAGGCUUCACCAGGCAUCCCCGAAGUCAACACUAAUAAUCAUGCUGAGACGAGAAACUGAUGAGUGGCUGUUGAAAGGCAAUAGAUUGCAAAGUACCAACUAGAUCAGAAGCACACGUACAAUGUAGAAAUCACUACUUUGCAAUAGGAAGACAUAAGACAGAAAUUCAAAAGAACAAAUUUAUAAACGGUUGUGAUUAUAUAAAGACAUUGAGGAAUUGAGAGAAUAAAUGCUAUCGAGUAUUAUUUCUUGAGAGAGCGAGAAAGAGCGUGCGAGAAGGAAGAGAAGCAAAAAUAUCAUGAACAAUCAAGUGAAUAAAAAUGUAAAUAAUUUACCUGU